GCUUUUUUUCGCCCUUUUCCUUCAUUUCAGCAUGUUGCUAUAUUAUUUUCUUGAUGGACGAAGCCACUUACGUUACUUUUGGAAUUCCGACUUUUGAGAAGCGUCAACAGAAAGAUGGAUUUUUUAGGCGCUUGAUUUCAAGACACAAAAUCGUUAAGUCUAACGAACGUGAAGAAAAUGAAGAAUGCGUGCAACCGAAGGACACUUGCAUUACUAUUCCUGAUUCGGAGUAUAGUUUAUCCGUCGUGUCCGACCAUUCUUCCGACCGGCAAGCUUCGCCGCUUAAACGGCUUCAUAUGCCACUUCACUCUACAGGGUCUGGAAUCGGCCACCUUCCGGUAGAUCGGCGCUACUGGAUGUUGGAUGAAAGUUGUCGCCAGUGUUUCGAAUGUGGCUCCCGGUUCACAACACUUCGCCGCAAGCACCACUGCCGCUUGUGCGGCCGCAUUUUUUGCUAUCAAUGCAGCAAUAAGUUCGUGGAAGGAGAGGAGAUUGGCAUGUCCGGUUUGCAGAGAGUUUGCAACUACUGUGCCUCCUCGUUGCCAUCACGUCUUUCCUCAGGGAGUUUUGCAACGCAAAAUAGUGAUCGCUCUUAUUCAUCUCAAUCCGGUCUGGAGGACAGUCCAAUCUUGAAUGCAGUUUUUGAUACGCCGACCAGAUCUCACGCUGUACGAACCCGACACACGCACAGUGAACUCGCCGUCAACCGUCGUGCCACUAUCACUACGGUAAACGACGCUGAAGCCAUCCUCUCAGCAGCUUUAGCCGGUCAAUUUCGGUCAGAACUAUCGAAUUUGGGAGAAAGUGACGUUUCCCCCGAUACAGGUCGCUCACAUUCACCAAUUGCUCCACCUUCAAAAAUGACGCUCGUUUCUGCUGUUUCCGGCGGAGUUUUCAGUGGCAUAUCCCAGACAAAACCAACUUCAGUGGAUCCUGCAACUUCGAUAGCUCCACUUUUUCGUCGGGUUGGCAGCCGUACCACCGAAGAUCCCAGUGACACGUAUGUCCAUUCACUGUUGACACGCAUGCUUGGCGCCGCGAUGGAUGCAGACUGCCAGGAUGUACUUGGAUCAGGAGCAGUUGCCAAAGAAUUGCCAAUCAUCACAAUCUCACAAGAGCGACGCACUUUAUUAUGUGUUUCAGGAAUUAGCCUGAUUUACUGGCUCAUCUCCAAUGUGCCUGAAAUCCAGCGUUGCAGGAGCAAGGCGCGUUCCAUUUGCCAGCGUUUCGUCGAUCUGUCACUCAUUACACCUUUGAAUAGGAUGGACGUCGGGGAGUUUCGCGACGAUUUCACUCCUUAUCGCAUCGAAAACCCUUCGUCUAGCAUAGCCCCAAGUGCAUCACACAUGCACGACCGCCGUGUUUCUUGGCCUCCGAGUCACUCAUCGCCAUCGCUUGACUUCCAUAAAUCUGGUGGGUUGGACGAACCAGAGUGGCUUCGCGAGACCGAGGCUUCUCUGCCCCAUUCCUACCCUCCCCUAUCUGACUCCGUACAAAUAACGGUGGAUGAGGAUCACUCUUCCACCACACAAGUCACUCGUAUCAGUUCUCAACCACCCAACGAUACUCUUCUCGAUUUCGGAAUGAAGACAAGUACCCAUGUUCUCCAAUCCACCGAGUCUUUUGAAAUGGGUGUGGACGUGCGGUUGACCCCAGAAUCGAUCGAUGAUUCUUCACUAUCUGCACUCCCUGAUGGCGUUAAACCGUGUGUAUCAGAUCUACUAAACACGGUCUUCAUGCGCACCAGUUUGAGUUCGACUGCAGAUGCCAAGGUGGAACCGAAGUUUUCAUCAAUGAGGCAGGAUUUGCUCCAGAGCAUCAGACCCCACUUUGAAGCGCAUCUGCAGCGGUUGGUUCUACAAGAUGUGCGAAGUAACCACUUGGAUCCAAGCUGGGUGUCAAUUUUGAUCGCUUUAGCCCAUGAUGUAUGCGACCUGGUCCGCUUUGAUCUUCGUUCACCUGGAUUUCGAUCAUUUGCGCCCACACACACUCCUGAUUCCCGAAGAGGGGAACUCGGUAUGUGUAAAUCGGCUGUUUCUCGGCCCACAGUUUACUCUCCAAUGGAUAUCCGCUAUUACGUGCAUGUGAAAAAGUUACCGGACACCACUGGUUGCCCGUCGGAUGUGUAUCCUGGAGUGGCCUUCACCAAACGGACGACUCACAAAUUCCUGCCUAGUUUGUUAAAAGAUGCACGGGUGCUUUUGCUCGCCUCAUGCAUUGACUAUCAACGCGCUUCGGCUAAAAUGGUUUGGCUCGAGUCACAGAUCAUGCAAGAAGAAGAGUAUCUUUCCAACUGUGUCAGCCGACUUCUAUGCUUUCAUCCAAAUCUGCUCAUCGUUGGUGAUACCGUCAGUCACACUGCGCAGAUGAUGCUAGUCAAAGCGGGUAUCACUGUACUCUGCAAUGUGAAGCGAUCCGUUCUGCUGCGCAUCGCUCGUGUGACGGGUGCAGACAUUAUCGAAUCAGUGGAUCGCCUAAUCAGCGAAGUUCCGACGAAGUCUUCAAGUGUUGCGCGCGUCGCACCGCAGUUGGGAUACAGCCAACACUUCGAAGUGAAACCGGUGCGUCUGUCGCAUGGUGGUGUUAAAUUCUUGAGUUACAUCAAAAAUUUACAGAACGCUGACGCUUUCGCCUCCGCGGACAAAAUCUCUGCUCCAUCUGGUACACCAAGAUACACCACGGGUGAAGCCACUGUGAUAUUACGAGGUCCCGAUCUGGCUGCCCUCAAACGGGCUAAACGGUGCUUUCUUUUUGCUCUAUGUGCGUGUUCCAAUAUGCGUAUGGAGAUGCAGUACGCCCUGAGCGCAUUCAUGUAUCGACCAUCGCGCUCACUGGGACCCGAUUUCACAUCUCCUUCAUUUACUCAGCCAGUCGACUCUUUGAGAAGCUCAUCACAGCGAAAGUCCAAGACCCCUGUUGAGUCACGAUCAACACUGAUGCAUUAUCUGUCCGGUCGUUUGUUCAAUCUUUCUCCCGGUGUCCACUUGGCACUCCCAUUUCUAACAUUUGCAAACGAACAACAAGCUCCAUUGGGUGCGUACUAUACGUACAUCGUCGAGUGGCCCUUUGGAAGAAUACUGAAUGAUCUGUUGAAGAGAAAAUUGAAGGUUAUCAAUUCCAACUUAUACGCCCUUGAACGAGAGAACCAGAAUAGCUCAACCCAGUAUACGGACUUGGCGGUUCUUCCAGAACAGCAUGAAUUCCUUAAGUGUAACCUCGUUUUUCAACCGUCCUCCCUGCUGCAUACCUUGGAGAAACAGGUUCAUAAGCGCUGUACAUUCUCCGAAUCGUGUAUUGCGAUGAACAAAUCGGCCAACACAAACGCUUUACUAAUGUCAGAGGUGAUCGCGCCACAAAGUGAAGCACUGUAUGUCGAUUUCAAGGCACGCGCCUUCGCCCUGGCUACAUCCGAUGUCUCGCGAACCAAUCGUAGCGUUCGUUCCACCAUUAUCAACGGGUUAAAGCAUCUGAUUUCGCUUCACGACAGUCCACCAAUGGACGUUCGCGAUAAGCGCCUCGGAUGUCGACCAUCCGACAAAUCUGGGGCAAACAAGGCAGCAACUGCACCGGAGAGACUGUCUACAGAGGCAGCGGUUGCGAACAAACGAGCGAAGCGCCUGAAACGGAGCAUUCUUGAUCCACGAUCUCAUCAGUACUUCAGCUUUUUGACCAUGCUGUUCAGCAGCAAAUCUCCAAUGUGGCCUGAACCCUGUGUCCAACCUUGGAUCUCCUCAGUGGACUUCUAUGGACAGCAAGAUCUACCACUUGGGUUAUUUCUCGAGAAGUGCUGUUUUUCUCCCCGGCCAUGUCGUCAUCCUCACUGCGCAUUACCCAUGGUGGAUCAUGUUCAGCGAUUUGUCCGAACUGACGGAUAUGUCCAGUUAUCUAUCCAUAAAUGCACUCGAGAUUCCGGUUCCCCAAUCUACUCCAUCCCAGAUGCCUUCCCUAGGAUGCCUGGCACAACCCGACCAUAUAGCCGUAUUUUGAUGUGGCUGUUCUGUCCGGAUUGUCGAAUCAGCACAUCCUUAGUCUACCUAUCGGGUGAUAUAUGGCAUUACUCUUUUGUCAAAUUUCUCGAUCAGCUAAUUAGCACCCCUUCCGAUUGGACUAGAUGUGCGAUGCGUGUGGUAACCGUGUCAGUCAACAAAUCAAUCGAAGAAGCUUCGCAUGCCAUUGUACACUCUACCGAACGCACAGUUGAGAGUGAUAACCAAGGCGGAGACAAAAAUAGUCUGCGUUGUCCAUCUAUCUCUGCACCUGCAUGGCAACGGACGUGCAUGCAUUCUGCGCACAAGGCGCUGAAACACUGCUUUUCCCUCGGUCGAAAGGUUGCUGUUUUUCAGUACCGUCCAGCAACAAUCUAUGAGGUGGUCAUGCCUCCAAACGAAAUUCGAAUUCAUCCCUCUGCUGCAGCUGCGGCGGCCUCUCGCUUGUUUGCUUCCGAUCACAUGCCACCUUUGGUCCAGCCAAAGUCCACUUCUAAUUCGUCUUGCUCCUACGGAAGCCGAUUUUCCGAUCCUGAACAGCGAAUGCCUCCGCUUGGCUCAGGCGCUCCUCUCCCCGCUUAUCUACAUGCAGAGGCUGUCGAUGCUUGGGAAAAAUAUUAUCGUGUGUACGCUACAGUGAAGUCCCAUUUGGUCACACUUGUUCAGGACAAUACCAAUCCCGAACUAAGCCAAAUGUUGGAAGAUUAUGUAUAUAUCCUUGAGAUGGACGGCCGCCGGUCCCACAUGGAAUACCGGGCAGAGUUAUUGCGUUAUAUGAUUGAAUUGGAAACUAAGCCACCGUCGACGUCACAUGCGCGCAGCACGGAGUCUGCCUCUCCGCACUCAACUCAGUUGCCUCUCACAUCAAACUUCAUUGCCCCACAUAGGGUACCUCUAAAUGUCAACGUACAAGACACUUUGGUGUGUCAGGGUAGUGCGGUAUCUGCAUCCUUGCAAUGUGAAAAUAAUUCCCUCGACGAACUUUCUUCUUCAUCUUCCUCUCUUCCGUUACGCCAUACUGUACAUGAUUCUACCACUCCUACCGUGGCCAGUGUUACAAUCAAGGAGGAAGAUCAGCUCAACACAUCUGACUCCGCUCCUAAGUGGACUGCAUUAGUUAUGGACCUUGAUGCAACUGAGAAAACCUUCGUUGUGCAGACCCUGAUCAACGAGCUGAAGCGAUGGAUCUACAUUUUCAUUUCCGAGUGGAAUUCAAGGUGUGCCGAAUAUGACCUUCAGCUUAGACGUGCGGAGAAAACUGCUAAGGAGCUGCGCAAGAAACCUGGAUCGACCUACGGUUGUGCUAGCCCGUUGCCUCAGCGGCACGUGAGGAAAUCUCAACUCUCCGUUUCUGAGUCAGAAACCAAUUCUGCAUACGAUGACGAGCCACCAUCCGACUACGAUCGUGCUGCUUUUCGGCCGCCUCUAUCGGCGGAUGACCAUACCAACUCUGCUAAGGUGUUGCUCAAUUCCGACCUGUCCACUUAUCGAAAUAAUCCGUUGUUGCCUUCUGCUGUUGGACCGCUCACAUUUGAAAUAUCCGACAAAACCUCACUUCCGACAUCUGACUCGCAGACAACACCCACCAUUUCUCGUGUCUGGAGCGAUGGUACUACUCAGUCAAUGUGUUUGGGCAACCAGAAGCUACGUGUCCGUGGGUUGGAUCUCGCAACUAAAUUUGGCUCCUCUCCGGACUCCCUUUCCAAUUUGUGUGGUUACAAUACUGUGAUUACACCCAACUCCACUGUGACUGAUCCAUCACUUACCUCUGUGAAUUCAGGCGACGGUUUGGAUAAAAGAGAACGGGACACACUUCAGAAGACAAUUGAUUCUGCGUGUUCGCCUUUACUUGAUCCGGUUAAUCCUAAAGUGCCUGCUUGUUAUCCAACCCAGGAUCUUGUGACAGUGUCCUCUUCAUCCACGCCGCCUUUACGAGUAAAGAAUUCCCAUUCGCCAGCCCCAGAACCAAUGUUUCAGGCAACGGGUAUCUCUGUGGUGCCCACUUCACUUACCGUACCGUCGGGAGUCCGGCGCCUGAUUAACACCUUGAUGCCGAGCUCUAAUGAUGCGAAGGUGUUUGAAGAACCUUUCCCUGCAUAUGAACACCCACAACUGACUCUAAUAGAUAGCAGUAGAAUUGGACUUUUUGGAUUUUCUAGCAUCACUUCAGUGACAAAGUAUUCUGCAGAAAGCGGGAAGGACGUAUCCAAUUCGGAAGACUAUAUGCGCCAUUUGAUACAUCACCUUAAGAUCGCCACACCCGAUGUGUACGUCAACGACCGCGAGUUGACGUCGAUCGUCGCAUUUGCUUUGUCGUAA